CCAACUGGACAUCGGGAUAGAGGAACAACAACAAACGAAAAAGAAAAUAUACCAAAAAAAUAAGGGUAAAAAAAGGAAAACAAAAUUUGUUAUGGCCAAAAUGUCUUACCAAAAUGUUUUAUCUCAUGUUGAAAUUGUCUAGGGAGUUAAUAAGUGUUGCAAAUUUCAACUUGGGGGAGCUUUACAAUAUUGGAAAAGUUGAGGGGGUGAGGUGAAAUUUACCAACAUUGAAAUAUUGUGUGUAUAAAUAGCAUGAAAAAUACUCCCCCCAAAAUUUCCAAAGAACAAACCGCCCACAUUUUCGUCCUCUCUCUAAAACUGCUCUCUCCCGUUGCUUUCUACGAUGUCCCCAGAUGCUGCCGUGAUUUCGAGACGCAUCAUCGCCUCUGGUUCGGCGCCGUGCUCCGCCCCCGGUUCUCCGAGGAGCCGGCUCAAGUUCCUGUGCAGCCACGGCGGUAGGAUCCUCCCCCGCCCCGCUGACGGCCAACUCAAGUACGUUGGUGGUGAAACCCGCGUCAUUUCUGUGCCUCGGGACAUUCCUUUCAAAGAACUUAUGACGAAGCUCACUUACCUGAUUGACGGAGAAAUGAUCCUUAAGUACCAGGUGUUGUCGGAGGACCUUGAUGCCUUAAUCUCAGUUAAAUCUGAUGAAGAUCUUCGCCAUAUGUUUGAAGAGAUCGAUCGCUAUGAAAGUGCUGGAAACCCAAGAAUGCGAGCCUUCCUCUUCCCUGUUAACCCCAUAGUGAUGGAAAACCAAAUUGGGUCGACAGAACCCCAUGCAGUUGAGCAACGAUACAUUGAUUCCAUCAAUGGCAUAAUUCGCACCACCCCACUUCCCAUAAAACAACACCCAACCAUCAGCACCAUGCAACAUGGCUCUUUGGUUUCAUCUGCCUGCUCGUCACCAAGGUCUCCAGAUAGCUCCACCACAGAAGUCAUAAACAAUGAAUUCCAUAGUCGUGGAGUAAGUAUGCAUAAGGUCCGCAGCUCACCUAACAUAUGCGGUCUAAACAUUCCACCUCAUGGAAACCAUCAUCUCCAUCAACUUCCUCUCCAAUAUCACCAAAGGCAAGCUCACCUCCCAGGACACUUGUCUCCCAGGCCACGUGCAGAUUCUUACAGAAGUGGUGCACCGGAAAGACUUAUUUCUGUCAGGUCCGUAGGACGAGCUGACGGUAUAAGAUACCAAGUGGAUCCUGGCCCUCCGUAUAACUAUGCCUCCCGGCAGAAUCGAGGAUGUGCGAAAUGUAUGCAUAAUGACGACUGCAUUCAUUUUUCAGAUAGAAGAAUUGCUGACAGAACAGGGAGCUUCACCGUGAGCCCAGUUCCAUCGAGUCCCCGCUACAGCCAUGGUGGGAUAAAGAUAUGGGAUAGCAUGAUAAAUGGGGACAUGCGAGCAUAAGAUAUAUUGUUGAGGCGUUAAAAAUCACAUUUACAUGUAAAUUGUUGUUCUUGCGCAUGUUUUUGAUAGUCAUGAUUGUGUUGAUCUAAGUUUCUAAAUGCUUAAGUAUAGCGUUUUGUCAUAAUUAGGGGUGGAUUUUUUGCCCUAACUUAGUCUUUGUAUAAUUGUUUUUUUUCUUUUUCUUUUCUCUAUACAAGAGUCUUACAGUUGAGUUUCAACUUAUUUUCUAGAAAUCGACUCAUGAAGUCAUGAUAUUAAUUCUUUAGUGGGAGUAUUUAAGUUUUUCUUGUCCCUCAGCAAAAAUAUCGAAUGAGUCAAAUCUUGUUCUGUGAUUAGAAGGGGUGCAAAACACAGAAGGGGGUCCAAACGCGUGGAUGAGAUGUGAUCAAUAAAUGUAAAAGAGACCUCCUGACCCAUAUCUACGCAAUUUAACCUCUUCAAAGAUUAAUUUUAAUGAUGCAAGUUCUCAAUGUUUUUCAAGAGUAUUUUAAAUACUAUUGAAACUUAUACAUAAAUUCUUUUUGAAACUUAACUUAAUAAAUGCAUCAACAUACAAAUAACAAAAUAAUAAAUUCAAGCAGAAAUCUUGACUUGUGGUUAAGAAAUAUUAUAUCAAGAAAUAAACAGCAAGAAUUCCCAUAAAUUUCUGAGACUCACCGUCAUAAGAAUCACCAUAAUCUGUAAGAUCGGGCAAGCAAAUCUUCUAUCUAAGGUGCUGACAUGUAAUACAAUCUUGGGCCUGAUAGCAUCUGAUCUUGGCUUAGAGAAGACGCCUAUUGUUUCGACACUUUUAAUCUCUGUUACAGCUAAUUUUCUUCAGAACCC